UGGUCGCUUUCAGCUCGUCGUUAAAACGAUGUAUCGCUUGCUGCAGAUACAGCUGCUUUGAGGGUUAGAGCUCAGCUCAAACGCUGCGCCGAAAUGUAUUGAGAAAGAGUUCUCAGGAAAAUAUAUGAGGAAUUUUAAGGUGGCAGCCCACAUGUAUAUUUCAUUCUGAAUGCUGGUCCAGGAGGUAAACACCACAGCAUGCUGUUGUGAAGUUGGAAAAUAUUAGGGCAAGAUGCAGUCUUCAAACCACAGACUACGAGAUAUGGAGCAGCACCAUCCCCUGCUGUCAGCAGGUGCAGAUGUUGAGACAGGUAGCCUUGCAGCUGGAGUGAUGGUUGGAGGUCCCCACGUGGGUCACACAGCAGGGAACCGCACACUGUGGUUUAUUCAGGACAGCUGUGGUAUGGUGUGUGCAACCAUGACCUGGUUCCUAGUGCUGUACGCUGAAUUUGUUGUGAACUUCGUCAUGCUUUUGCCCGCAAAGAAUUUCUGGUACUCGCUGCUGAACGGAGCUGCCUUCAACUCACUGGCUGUGCUUGCAUUGGCCUCGCACCUGCGCACCAUGUUGACCGACCCGGGUGCAGUUCCCAAGGGCAAUGCAACAAAGGAAUAUAUGGAGAGCUUGCAGCUGAAGCCUGGCGAGGUCAUCUACAAGUGCCCAAAGUGCUGUAGCAUCAAGCCUGAGAGGGCACACCACUGCAGUAUUUGUAAACGAUGCAUCAGGAAGAUGGAUCAUCACUGUCCCUGGGUCAAUAACUGUGUGGGAGAAAAGAACCAGAGAUUCUUUGUUCUUUUCACUAUGUACAUAUCGUUGAUUUCUGCCCAUGCCCUGGGCCUCAGUGGCAUGCACUUCUUCACAUGUAUUAAACAUCAGUGGAAUGAGUGCAGCGAAUUCUCUCCAGGGGUGUCUGUGCUGCUGCUGAUCUUCCUCUGUCUCGAAGCCAUCCUCUUCCUCACUUUCACAGCUGUAAUGUUUGGUACGCAGAUCCACUCCAUCUGCAACGAUGAGACGGAAAUUGAACGUCUUAAAAAUGAGAAGCCCACUUGGGAGCGGCGCGUGAGAUGGGACGGAAUGAAAGCUGUAUUUGGGGGUCCGCCAUCUCUGCUGUGGUGCAAUCCGUUCACAGGCCUCCGUCUGCGACGCCUUUUGCUGUUGACCCACGGUCGCCGUGGCGGGUCUGAGUUUUCUGUCUGAGUAGACUGCAGGUUAAUGUAGCUCACCAACACCUGACCGUGUUUGGGGGGGAGAAAAAAGGAUUUCUUUUAUGCCCUCUUUGACUGGGGCUAAGAUGAACCUCUUCUACCUGAGGCUAUUCUGCUCAAGUAGGUGAUGAGACAUGCUGCAGCAGUGGGACCAGAGUGUAUCGCAAUCACUACUGAAAGUCUGUGUUGUCUUUCACAUGCUGAUGUGGAUCCAACACUUGCUUCGCACAAGUCAGCUGAACAACUGGAAUUUUUUUUUUUUUUUUGGCAACAUGAGCAGCAAUUUGGUUUGUGUUGUAACGCAUGCAGUAUGUAACUGAAGUGAGUCUUUUAUUACCCACCAUCCAAGAUGCUGAUUGAACUCAACUAAUGCACCUUAGGACACAACUUGGAGUACGUUUUCUUUGCUGUGCACAUGAGAUUCAAUAAAAGUCUUUGAAUUUUUUGAAGCGUGGAUCAGCAACAUAUCUUUCAUCAUCACUGAAGCCACACGAGUGGAUCAAAAUGGAAAGUGCUUGAAGCAUUUGUGUUGGGCCCAGACAUGAAAACCACUGACAAGGGAAUUACAGUCAAGGACAUGCACUACUUCCAUGACACUUGAGGAAAAAGCCUGGUUAUGGAGCACAGUGGACAUCAGAGUUUGAACUGUGCUGCCUUAAUUUGCAUGUAUAAUGCUUCAUUCAGUAUCUUAGCCUGGAAAUGAGGCUUUAAUCAUCUUAACAAGCUACUCAUUCUUACCCAGGAGCUGGCUUUUUCUAUCUCUUCAUCUCCUUUGUUGUAGUUUUUCCCCAGGCUAAAGGUGUUUAGGUUUCUGGGGCUUGUAGAAAUUAAUCGUCCCCCCGCCCCCCUUUUUUUUUUCCUUUUAAAUAACUGGUGAAGCUUGAUCACCAUGAGCACUCCUCAGCAUCUGACCAUGACUCACGGGAGAUGACUACUGCUAGUCUUCAUUUGGACAGAAAAACAAAAGGGAGAAAAAAAGCAAAAAAAAAACUGUUUUAUAACAAUUGUAUAUGUGUAUCCGUUUCCUAUUCCAUCACUCCUACAUGCUGCUCAACAUCUCCACGUUUCUGAAAUCGGUGAAUCAGGAUCAGUGACUGCCAGACAACUGAUAGGCCGUCUUUUCAUAUUGGAGUCAGGCUGAAGACUGACUGUUGCUUUGUUUAAUUCAUUCAUGCUUUUUUUUUUCCUUCAUGUGGAAAUCUGGAGGGUACUUCUGUGUUUAGUAGGAAUUUUAAUAUAUACAAAAGCAGUUGGAUAAGUCUUCAUAGCAUUUAAAUCCUGAAAAACAAUUGUAUAAGCCCUCAAGAUGGUCUCAGACGUGGUCACUUUGCAUGCUUCUUGGCCACCGUGUGUAACAACAUGUUGAAAAGGUGGUUUUGAAACAUUAGCACAACCUCCUCUGGCUCAUUGUAAGUGCAUUCUGAUCUACUGUGCAAAGCUCUAUUGUGAAGUCAGUUUGUAGACGUAAAAAGAGUGCUUUGCUGAAAAAGACUGAGGUACCAGGCUCACUAUACAAGCUUUAAUACCAUCUCGGGGAGCUCAGCAGAUGCUUGUGAGGCCUUUUUCCUAUAGCUCCAGAGGUUUCAGACCUGUACCCUCUAGUGGCAGAACAGUAGCAGACACUUACCCAGUGUUAUUAGAACACUUUGCCAUGCCUUUGAAAUAUAAAUUCAAGUUAUUUUUUAGGUUAAAAUAUAUUGUGAUUUUUUUUUUUUUUUUUUUUUGGGAAGUGUUUGUGGCAACCUUUCUCAUACUUUUACUGUGCAUAAUUAAUGAGUUUGUUGCCACUGAAUGAAUGUGGCUUUUUGAAUCUGCAGUUCAGAAUUUAAAGUCAAGUCCACAGAUGCACAGGCUGGUAUUAUCAACGUAUUGUCAAGUCAAGGCUCUCAAAGUCUAAUUUUAUUGCUUGCUGAACAACAUACUGCUGUUUGUUUUCAUCUGUGGUUGUUAAGGCAAGGAACUCUGUGUUCACUGUUUACAUUAAAUAAUAUCCGAUGCUCUAUUGCUGUAAUGUUUUGAAAAACAUGUCAGAGUGGUAUUUCACAGCACUGUCAUUAGAAGGGUCACAGCACUGAAAGCUAAUUAAUAUCAGGGGAUUAUUUAGUGCUGGCCUAAUUUCUCAUUUGUAUUCUGCUGGUUUGCAUAUAUUUCCUAUUUAAAUAUUAUCUUACUUUCACUAUAUACAUCAUGGCACAUUCAACAAGUCCCUAACAUGCUCAGUGAAAACUGUUAAAGUUAAGCUUAGCACAAGGUGUGUCUGGCACUUGUAUGAGUGAAAGAUCCUUUAAAAUUUGCUAGAAAAUAAAAUUCACAUUGUUUAGUCUUGCAAAUGCAUAAAUAUGUUGCUGAUCAUGCAACCACUAUAAAAAAAAAAAGUGUUGCAGAAAAUGAUGGCAAAACUAGAUCCGCUAGUCCAACAAACAGUUGUCAUUAGAAUAGAAGCAAAUAUAAAAAGCAGGACAUGAAGUAACAGGACUAAUUCAGUGCUAAACUUUUAGUUGUAGUUGUUAUAGGUACCAAAACAGAGGUAAUUGCAGAUUGACAUAUAUUACUGUGUUAAAGCAUUUGAUGUUGACUGGUGUCAUUUGAGCAAGAUUGAUGUGUUCUAGUAUUUGACAAUAGGACAUCCUGUUUCAUGACCAAACUCAGAAACUGUAGUCAUAAUGUCUUAAGUUGUUUGUUUCCCACACAGUAACAGAAUCAAUGAAUGCUGAAGGACCCAUAAUCAUAUUUUCUCUCUGCUAUAUGACUUAAAAAGCUACAUUCACCAUGGGAAGGUGAAUGUUGAACAAUGUGCAAAGAUGUGUAAACCAAUACAACACUAUUCUGGCAAAGCCUUUUUUUUCCCCCUCCUCACAGUAGCUGGCAGUUAAAGCAGAGUUUUACAGCAUAUAAAGGAACAGAGAGCAUUUUGUAAUGUGUAGUAGGAAUGAUUCUUAACAGGAUCAGUGUUUGAUCACAGAUUUACCAUUAAUAUCACCAUAAACAGUGAAAGUUUUGUUUCCUACACUCCUCAGAGAAUGUUUCUUCAAGAACAAAAGUCCUUCAGCUUUAUAAACAAAGUAUAAAGGUUACUAUUAACAAUAUAUAAAUGGAAUGUUUUAUUCAAGUUUUUUUUUUUUAUUGUGUCAUAAUCUUAUAAUGUCUUAUAUUGUUAAUGUCAUACUUUUACAUAAUAAACCUGAUUAAUUUAAA